CAAACUGUACAAAUAGUAUAAGGAAAUCAUAAUGUAAAAAGUAUUUAAAAUAAAAAAUUCUUUCGGUAUGUGUACCCGAUGUUAGGAUCUCUUUAAAUGUAGAUAUGGCCAUCGUUAAUGCAGAUAGUAACAAAGGAAAGAAUAACUUUCUAGCAGCAUAUCAUAUUUUAAAGUUUUCACAAAAUGAUAAAGAUGAUACGGAAGUCGUGGAUAUUGAACGUAGAUCCCUUGCUGUUAAAUACUUAACUGCAAAACAAUGGGAAUCUGAAGAUAUGGCAUCCUGUUUGCUUCGAAGAAGCUUAGAAGAUUAUCAAAAUUUAAUGCAAAAUAAAAAUGGCAUAAACAAUUAUUGGAAACAAUUUAAAGCACAAACUGUAAAAAUAGACAAUAAUCCACAAAAGUGGAAGUGUGGUUUAAGUGAUGUAGACACUGCACUUAAUUUUGUAAAAUCUUUACCUUGCCAAGACAAUAACACAUUGCCAUGUCAAGAAAAAUUAUUUAAUGACAGACACAUAGAAAAACUUAUUAACAUAUGGAAGAACAAAGAAACAUUUGUACGAAAUAGAAAAAUUAGUACUCAAAUGAAAUCAAAUCUUAGUGUUAAUCAAGAAACAAGUAAUUUGAGUAAUCAAAAAAAGACUGAUAAUAAUGUUCAUUGUGAGGAAAAUAGAUCUAAGUAUUGGUCAAAUAAUUCUAAAGAAGACAGUGAUAAAGUACAAGUAAAUUAUAAUAAAAAACCAGUAUUUAAAUUUCAUCCUGUAGAUCAGGAUAAUCCAAAUUUUGCACAACAAAGAUCUGUUAAAUCUGAGACUAAAAUCCAUUCUAAAUUUGCAGGAAAAGAUUUCUUUAAUACACCUAAACAUAAUCAUGAAUUGCCAGGUGUAUAUAGAAAUAAUACAAAAUUAAAGUCACAAGCUUCUUUUCAAAAUAAAAAAGAAGACAAUGAUAUGGCUAAACCUAAAUUAAAUUGCUUCAAGACUGCCAGGGAUGAGUUAAGUAUGCAACAAAUGAAAAACAACAGGCCAGUACAGAAGAAAACUUUAGGUGGCAAAGUAUCAGUUAAUUCUCAGUUUAUUUGUCCCUUAAAAAGAGAAAAAGAAAAAACAACACAAGGACAAGACAAGUAUUGUAAUGAAACUGAUGAAACAGGAGAAGUGGAAGAUGAAAGACUAAAAAAUAUAGAACCUAAAUUAGUUGAGUUAAUAAAAAAUGAAAUAAUGGACUCAAAGACUGUCAUUUCUUGGGAUGACAUUGCUGGUUUAGAAUAUGCCAAAAAAAUUAUUAAAGAAGUUGUUGUAUAUCCUAUGCUGAGACCUGAUAUUUUUACUGGAUUACGUAGACCACCCAAAGGAAUCUUAUUAUUUGGACCACCUGGUACUGGGAAAACACUCAUAGGAAAGUGUAUUGCAUCACAAAGCAAAUCAACAUUUUUCUCAAUUUCUGCCAGUUCAUUGACUUCAAAGUGGAUAGGAGAAGGAGAGAAAAUGGUGAGAGCAUUAUUUGCAGUUGCCAGAGUUUAUCAACCAGCGGUUAUUUUUGUGGAUGAAAUAGACUCAUUACUCACUCAAAGAUCUGAAACUGAACAUGAAAGUUCAAGGAGACUAAAAACUGAAUUCCUAGUUCAGCUAGAUGGAGCUGCAACUGGGGAUGAAGAUCACAUUUUGAUUGUAGGAGCAACGAAUAGACCGCAGGAAUUAGACGAGGCAGCUCGUAGACGACUUGUUAAAAGACUUUAUGUUCCUCUACCAGAAUUUGAAGCUCGUAAACAAAUUAUAAAUAAUUUGUUAAUAACGAUUUCACAUAAUCUCGACGAAGAAGAUGUUAAUAAUAUAGCUGAACAAUCAAAAGGGUACUCAGGGGCAGAUAUGUCAAAUUUAUGUAAAGAAGCUAGCAUGGGACCAAUUAGGAGUAUUCCAUUUAGUCAAUUAGAAAAUAUUAAAAAAGAAGAUGUUAGACAAGUAACAGUUGAUGAUUUUAAAGAAGCAUUAAUACAUGUACGUCCUAGUGUAUCUCAAUCUAGUUUAUCUGCUUAUGUUGAAUGGGAUGCUAUAUAUGGAACUGGAACAGCACAAAAUUAUAAAGCAUGACUUUAAAGAAAACAAAAUAGGUUAAAAGAAUUUUUGUUAUGAUAUAAACAUUAUUAU